AAAUGGAAUCUUUCCUUUAUUCGCGUUGUUUAUCUGUGACGUCAAGAUCUCGAACGUGGUCGAUAAUUUGUUGAGGCAAAACUAGAACACGGUUAUGUUUUCCAACAGAGAAAUAUUAUAAAUAUGUAGCCAUAUAUCACUUUUUAACAUACACGCCAAAUGGCUCUUGGAUUAAUUUUAAUCGGAAUUCUUCUGAUACUGCCAGGAAAUCUGUUUGAAAGCUUAAAUUCGCACCAAACAGCAGAAGAAUAUAAUGAGUAUGCAGAACUAAUAAGAAAACUUCGUUUCCUGGCCAGACACGAGUCCAUUGAAAAUCAGGACAAUAUUUUAAAGCAACGAUUUGAAAAGAAAUUUCACGAGCCUCGUAAACAUGCAUCAGACUGGCAAGAAGUUGUUGGUGAAGACAAAAGAUUACAGUCUAUAGAAAAAGAUGCCAUCGAACCAGAUGAUACUGAAAAAACUUCAAAGUCAACAACAGCCAAAACUACACAACAAAAUGAGACACCGGCCCCUCCACUACCUCAGGUUCAGAAUAAACAUACGGACAAUAAUUCAUUAACUGCUGGCACAGAUCUAUAUUUUAUAUUGAUUGUAGCAGUAUGCAGUUUGGCUGGUUUUGUCGGCCUUAUAAUGGCAGGUGUAUGUUGGUAUAGAUUGAAUAAAAAUAUAAAAGCUGCUAGUGAAGUAGACUACCCAGCCUAUGGGGUUACUGGACCAACAAAAGAGAGAUUAGGGUCCGGUCCAGGAGAUAGAAAACUAGCACAGAGUGCUCAGAUGUAUCAUUAUCAACAUCAAAAACAGCAGAUGAUAGCCAUGGAAAAAGCCAAUGGUGAAAUGAAACAUGAUGCAUCUGAAGAUGAGUCUGAAGAAGAGAACGAGGAAGGAGAUUAUACUGUGUAUGAAUGUCCCGGUCUGGCACCGACUGGAGAAAUGGAGGUUAGAAAUCCUCUCUUUAAUGAAGAAACUCCAGUUUCUAAAGGUCCCACAGAAGACAAAAAAGACACACAGUAAUUUGGUAUUGGGAACAAAAGCUGCGUUCUUUAGAAGCUUUUCAGAAAUUUUGUUUAUUUAUCUUCUUCUCUGAAGAGUUCUGUUUUUAGUAUCUAUGUUGUUUCUGUUGAUUUUUAAAGUGCUCUGUGAUCAUAUGUAUUUAUUGUUUUGUUUUUUAUAUAGAGAUAAAUAAUUUACAAAAUGCUUUUUGUUACUAAAACAAAUGGUUGGAAAUUUAAAUUUAUGACAAUUUUUCUAGCAUCAUGUAAUAAAUUUUGAAUUAUAAAAUUAAAAAAGAACCCAGGUUGUGAGAUAGUUUACAGACCGGGAGCUGGUCUUCCUUUGAAAAAUAAUUUGUCAAAGAAUUUCAAUACAUUCCUUCGAUAUUUAUUUUACUAUUAUUAACAUUCCCUUUAUGUAAUAACAUUAUUUAUUCUUGUUAGUAAUACAGAAACAGUUAACUAAUGUAACAAUUUAUGGUGAUUUCUGAAUAUGAUUUUAUACUGCCAAUUGAAUUUAUGAUUUCAAAAUUUAAUGCAUUUAUUGAUGACAAAAAUGAGAAAAGAAAUCCUUAUUUUAUGAUCUCUAAUUUAGAAUCAGAAAUCCAAAACAUUCUAUUUAUUUGUCAAUUCAUAAUAGUUAAAAGCUUUAACAAGAA